GCUACACUAACCUUUCAACGUGAGUAACUUGGCAGGGAAGCAAGCCAGGCAGCAAGCCAGGAAGCUGUCAGGGUGGUAGAAGCGCUUACCAGGAAUUGUGCCUUCCUAACCCCCCAGAGGUGUUGUGGAGAGGGAAUGAGUACCGAACUGGAGACCCCGAGAGCCUGCCGUCGAAGGGGGUGGGGUGGGCGACUAGAGAACGCUGAUUUUUCUCUUCCCUUUCAGGGAAGCUCUGAGCUGGACCAGCAGGGUUUCUGUCCUUUGACAAUCUUGUUUGUGAAGAUGGAAAGCUUAGUAUCUCUGGAGUCAAGGUUUUACUUGAGAUAACUGAAACCUCGUGUCUUAAGAAACUGGUUUUCAGAUCAACCUGCCUUAAGUGUGCCAGGCAGUGGGAAACAAAGUUUCCCCGGCAAGAACAUCCCCCAAGAUGGCAGAGGAGAGCAGCAGUACCAGGGACUGCGUGUCCUUCAGCGUGCUCACCUGGGACCAGGUGAGCCGGCUGCAUGAGGUCCUGACCGAGGUCGUACCCAUCCACGGACGAGGCAACUUCCCCACCUUGGAGAUCACGCUGAAGGACAUUGUGCAGACCGUCCGCGGCCGGCUGGAGGAGGCGGGCAUCAAGGUGCAGGACAUCCGGCUGAACGGCUCAGCGGCCGGCCAUGUCUUGGUCAAAGACAACGGGUUGGGUUGCAAAGACCUGGACCUCAUCUUUCACGUGGCUCUUCCCACAGAGGCCGAGUUUCAACUGGUCAGGGAUGUGGUUCUGUGCUCCCUCCUGAACUUCCUGCCAGAGGGCGUGAACAAGCUCAAGAUCAGCCCGGUCACUCUGAAGGAGGCAUACGUCCAGAAGCUGGUGAAGGUGUGCACGGACACUGACCGCUGGAGCCUCAUCUCCCUCUCCAACAAGAACGGGCGGAACGUGGAGCUGAAAUUCGUGGACUCCAUCCGGCGUCAGUUCGAGUUCAGCGUGGACUCUUUCCAGAUCAUCCUGGACUCCCUGCUCUUCUUCUACGACUGCUCCAGCCACCCCCUCUCCGAGCACCUGCACCCCACGGUCAUUGGGGAGAGCGUGUACGGGGACUUUGAGGAAGCCUUGGACCACCUGCAGAACAGACUCAUCGCCACCAAGAACCCCGAGGAGAUCCGGGGCGGGGGGCUGCUCAAGUACAGCAACCUCCUGGUGCGGGACUUCAGGCCCACCGACCAGGAGGAGAUCAAGACCCUGGAGCGCUACAUGUGCUCCCGGUUCUUCAUCGACUUCCCCGACAUCCUCGAGCAGCAGCGGAAGCUGGAGACCUACCUGCAGAACCACUUCGCCGAGGAGGAGAGGAGCAAGUACGACUACCUCAUGACCCUGCGCCGGGUGGUGAACGAGAGCACCGUGUGCCUCAUGGGCCACGAGCGCAGGCAGACCCUGAACCUCAUCUCCCUGCUGGCCCUGCGCGUGCUGGCUGAGCAGAACAUCAUCCCCAACACCACCACCGUCACCUGCUACUACCAGCCCGCCCCAUACGUCAGCGAUGGCAACUUCAACAACUACUACAUAGCCCACCCUCCUGUCACCUACAGCCAGCCCUACCCCACCUGGCUGCCCUGUAACUAACCUUGAGACCCGAGGGUUUCCACAGGGGGAGCCCCCGUAGGGCGAGGGCUCUCAGGUAGGGGAGCCUCCUUCUAGAUGUAGGUGUUUGGCUUUUAAAGGGGAACUCAGCUCUGAUUCUGCCUUUUUUUUUUUUUUUCUUUGUGUGCCCAUUGGAAUGGGUCUCCAGUAUAUCAUGAGCCAACCCUAAAGGGACCUGUUAUUCCAGUGCCACUUUAGAAAAUGCUAUAGGAAAUGUGACCGAUCCACAUCUUUCUAAGAUAGACACUCACAUGCUGUGUCCCAAACAUCGGCACAGGGGCGUCUGAGCUCCGUGUGGUCAUUGAGAUUGGGAGACACGUGGACAGUGUAGAAGUCUUCAGCUGUUGGGCUUCUCAUCGGAGCCUAGGGUCGGUGAUGUCGGCCCUUACUUGGAAUCCUCAGCACUUACGUGAAAGUUGUGUGGAUGGUCUAUUUUCUUGUGUCAGUCUUAGAAAGAAAAAGGUAAACUCAGUGAGGGUGCUCUUGUGGCUUAAUUUUUGUUCAAGGGAGUAAAUCGCUUAUGUUUAUUCUCUGCCAACAGAGCUGAGGAUUUCUCUCCUCAAUAAACCAAAGCCAAUAGCUGGAGAACUGCAGUCUGGUUGGAAGUGGUUUAUGGUUUAGAUGCUGUGCUAUCACAAGGAAUUAUGAGAUAUUGCUAAGAGAAAAAAAAAAAAAAGACCUUUUCUUGAAAUGUAACUUGAAAACAAAAUAAAAUGUGCAACAUAAUGUUAAGUAGAACUGGGGGGGGGGGGGGGGAUGUACAUAGGAAACGUGGAUGUUCAGUUUUUCUUUUCUUUAAAGUGAGGAAUUGUUAAUUGAAUGACACUCCUCCCCCCCGCCCCCCAUCAGCUCACCACUUUCGUUUUGCUCUGCCCAAGACUGAGGAUUGUGCUGAUUCCAGAGUCAUUGCAGUAACUGACGUGCGGGUCUUCCCAUGUUUUAAUCAGAAACCCAUUUUGGUCACACUCCAAGUAUGACUGGCUGUUUUUUCCAGAGUACUUUGGCUGAUUUUUGUCUUUGUUUUUUCAAAAAUAGUGGUUUCCUUCUCUAGGCUUUUUGGACAGCAGAAAAGAAUCCAGGAAUUUCAGUAGAUCGAGUGGCCUGUGGAAUGGUCCGUGCUUGUGGGCAGAGUUCUCUGGUUUAAGAUUGCUUCAGAUUCACACCUGCUGUCCCUGUGCUGUGUGAGAGGUGGACGCUUCCUCCAUCAGUGGGGCCUUGUGUGCAUCUGAGCCCCCGAGGCACCCUCAAGAGAAUUACUUCUGUGAUGGGGGAAGAAUUGAGAGAAUGAAGAACAAUCUUCCUUACCCUGGUAGAUGGACCAUACUUGUUUAUACUCUGCACUUUAGAAGGAAAACAGUGUUAACCUCUAGUCUGAAGCAAGCUUAGCAAAUGGGAGAGGUCUAGGCUACUGUUGCUUUCCUCGUAGAUUUAGAUAAGGGACUUUGUGUUUUGAAAUUUUUUGUGGGAUCUCUUAGAAAGCAUCACUUUAGGGUAUCAAGGGCAAAGAAACUGCAUAUUGCCAGCCAGCUUGGCUUCUUGAGUGAUUUAAUCAAAUCCAUGCUCCUGAUUUUUACUUUCUCCUGUGGCCAUAAAAAUCCCAAGCCCUGAGUGAUUGCCUUCUCCUUGCUUGAAACAAUGAAGUUAUCUUAAUGCUUAGUAGAAAAGGAGUGGUUUACCUUUUUCUAAAGAUUACAUUUUCAGGUGUUUUUCUGGAAUAUGAUGUCUUGGUCCUCUUGAAAGCAGAUCGGGCAUGACUGAAACCCAGGGCUUAGUUGGUAUCCAUGUUGUGGACUAGGUGACUAGAAGCCACUUCUUAGUGUAACAGCUCCAGUUUCCCUGUGAGCCAGUAGUUAUAUUUGAAUUCACUGGCUUUGAGUCAAGGCUGGUUCUA